AUGGGCAUCGUAGCAGUCGCGGGAGGAACUGGCCAGCUUGGUCGCACAAUCGUUGAAGAAAUACUCAAUCGCGGGGGCCAGGAAGUGAUCAUUCUUGGUCGAAAGGCAAUACCACUGAUGCGGUACUACAUUACGAAGGCUAACAAAAACCGGCAGAAAGAUGAUGCUAAGGCCAAGGAAAUCGGCACCCGCAUAGUCGCCAUAGAUUACAACAACACCAGCUCCAUCGUCAGCACACUUGAAGAGAACAAGGUCGAAACCGUAAUUGCAGUAUUGAACUUGAUGGGCGGCAUCGAGCCUGAACUAGCCUUGAUUUCUGCUGCGGAUCAAUCGAAAACAACAAAGCGCUAUAUUCCCAGCUGUUGGGGAGUGAAAUGUUCGCCUGAAAUUGCCGCGAUUUCCCCUCUGGACGCCGCCAAGCUUGCCCUCUUGCAUGCUGUCGAGGCCACCUCUCUCGACUCCACAUCGGUGAUUAACGGCAUGUUCAUGGAUUACUAUGCUCCUCCGGGUAUAAAGACACAUUUCCCACCUCUCGCUUUCGUUCUCGACAUGGCCAACAACGUGGCCGCCAUCCCAGGCUCAGGUGACGUGCCCGUGGUUUUUACCUACACCUUUGACGUUGGCCGCAUGGCUGCUGCUCUGUUGACUCUACCGAAGUGGAGCAAGUUUUACUACAUCAUCGGCGAUAGAGCAACGUGGAAUCAAGUUAUCCAAAUGGCAGAGGAAACUAAAGCUGUCAAGUUUGACGUUAAACAUGAUUCGGUGGAGAUGCUGAAGAAGGGUCAGGUCACUGAGCUCCCUUCUCAUAUACACUUGUAUCCAUUCUUCCCUAAAGAACAGUUGCAGGGUGCCCUCUCGUCAUUGGGAGUAUUGUUUGAUAAUGGAGGCUUCGAUCUGAAGCCGGCAAAGGGGGAAAGCCUGAACGAGAUCUUCCCAGAGGUCAAGUUGACAUCAAUGAAGGAUAUAAUUGGAGCUUGGAAGGGAAAAUAA